CAGCUUCAGUCUUUCUCGUUCCUACAGGCAGCCAAGACGCGGUUUUAAAACGAAUCAAGCCGAGAAAAGGCUCUGAAAAAUAUUUCGCGUAGAUCGUUAUAGAAACGACGAGAGGGUUCCGCGAUAACGUCGAAUAGAAUACGUGAUUGGGGUUGCUUCGAUUUCGAGGAAUGAUGCAGCGUCCGAUCGGUUCGCGAAAAUCGUGAAAAUCGCACGAGUUUUCAUACGAUUCUCUCUUUAAGUGAACAGAGAGAGAAAAACCCGUCGCCUCUACGCAGGAGAAUCCCAGUGAUCAUGAGGGUUUUAAGCACCGUAGUAAUUUUCAUCAGUAUUGAUAUUCUCCUACCUGCAACGGACGGAGUCGAAGAUCGAGGCCAGAGCGGAUCGAAGAUCGCUAAAAGGACGAAGCCUCUCGACCCGGAGGAGGAGGAUUAUUAUUACGACGAUGUAGACGAGCGGAACAAUCCAACGAAUGGAGCGCCAGUCGCGCCCCCAGGAUUUCUGAGUCCUUCGGUGAGAGAGUACCUGGAUCUUGGUAAAUCUAUACCCGGAAGGCCAGGAACGGAUUACCCGGUCCUAGGGACAGUGCCAUACACGAAUUUUUACUGCGACGAUCAAGCCUAUCCCGGUUUUUUCGCCGACGUUGAAACAAGGUGCCAGGGAUGGCAUUACUGCGACAUAGACGGAAGACAGGCGAGCUUUCUCUGUCCGAACGGUACUCAAUUCAGCCAGGCGGUAUUCGUCUGCGAUUGGUGGUUCAACGUCAGGUGCGAACUAAGCCCCAAGCUUUACGCCAUCAACAGUCGCCUCUACCAAAGGCCGACGGAAAGCCCGACGAGGCUGCAUCGUGUCAUAACCAAGGAGUUACUCGAAAACAUCUUCGUCAAGCGAAAAUGAGAGGAAAUUGAAGACGAUACGAAAGAAGGGAGAAUAAUUUGAACAAAGAUACGCCUUUUUACGAGAGGGUCAAAAACGGAAAAUUCAAAAUGGACAAAUUACUAUUCGAUUCUUGCGCUGAAUUAUUACGCGUAACGAUGUAACAUCCUUAGUACUUAAACCGUAUAUAUGGGGUAGUCAAAAUAAACGUGAACAAGGUUUGACCUCGACCCCCAUCGAAUUCCUCGCCGAUUUACUUCCUACUUCUACUCUACUCAAAUAUAAAUUUUAUAAUUCGUUCAAACUUUUUCCACCUGCCGUUUAAAAGUAGGUAUUUUAGACCUAAUUUUCCAUGACACGAAAAUUGUGUGUUUAGGAAAAAGUUGUAAAAGGGAAAAAAU